AAAAGGCUCAUUCAAAAUGAGCAUAUAUAGCUUACGAAAUGAGUAGUGAAAAAAUUUAAAUGAGCAUUACACCAAUAUGCAUGGAUAUCACAUUUUGAAAUGAGCAUUACACAAAUCUAAAUGAGUAUACAUAAAUUAUGAAUAAUAACUUAUAAAAAAUCUUAAAGAAAAAAUAAAGAAAAGAAAUAACUGAAACAGGAAAACAACAAAAAGUGAAAAGCAAGAAACGAUUAAAUGAAAAGCCACCGAAAAGUGAAAAGCAAAGAAACGAUUAAAUGAAAGUGAAAAGCAACGAAAAGAAGAGGAAACCAAAAAGAAAAGAAAACGGAGUAAAGCCAUAGUGCGUGAGAGGUACUCCGUAUUUCCCAAGCUUGGCGCUAGUAGUCCGUAGCAGCCAUCAGCGAAAAAGAAAAAAAUCGGCAGACGAACAGCGGGGAAAAGAAAAGCAGCAACAUCCAUUAACCUAACCUUUACCACUGAACUUGGAUUUAAUUACGGUAUAUAUUACGCAACCUCCCCAUAUUUUGGAAAAUACUAUCGUACUAGUUAAAUUUGUCCUGUUAUAUCCUUCCUUGGCCAACAUGCGUUCCUGCCUUCCUGGAGUGCCAUCACUGUUUCUGAGAAUUACCCGCCAGUCCGCCUCUGCAUCUUAAUCAGGCAAAUCUAACUUUGUUCGUGCAUGCAUGUUUGUUGAACCAUAAACUAUCCAAACCGUCUUUCUCUCAUUAUAGCUCUGCAGUAUUUUAAAGAAUCUGGCUUUGUUAUUGUAAUGUAAUUACUAAUUAUUAUACACAACUAUUGAUCCAAAAGCUUAAUCGAAAUCGAAGCCGUAUAAAAGCUUCAUUCUUGGAUGAUCAUCAUACGAAACUAUCACAGUAAUGGACAGGACGAGGCCAAUGUAUGCCCCACCGCAAAAGGGCGCUCAAAACACGUCGAAUUCGGAAGCUCCGUCUUCUCUUGGGACUGCAUCUCCGGUUCAUCAUGGCCAUUCACGCUCAGGGUCAUUCUCAAAUGCAAGGAAACCGCAGAACACGAAAGCCGCUGCUCAAAAGCUUGCUCAGGUUAUGGCGCAUCAGACGACUGAUGAUGACGAUGAAGAUGACGACCUUCUAUGCGAUCCUGUUUCUGUCAGUCUUUCUGCUGGGGUUGGGCUUGCGGGAGGAAGAUCAGCCAGAAAUCGCUCUACUGUGUCAAUUCCUGCAUCCAUGGAACAACCUGUAUCUUUACGUCCAGUGCAAAGGAGGGCAUCUCCAUCUCAUGCUUCUUCAGAACAGAAACAUCCAUCUGCUCACCCAACCUCUGCUACUCGGUCGUCUCAGCUUAGUUCGGUAGAUCAACCUCCAUCUGCUCGUUCAUCUUCUGCAAAUCGGCCGUCCCAGAUGAGUUCAGUUGAGCAACCUUCAUCAGCUCGGUCAACUUCAACAAUUCAGACAUCUCAGCUCAGUUCUUCAGUAGAGCAACCUCCCUCCGCUCGUUCACCAGCUCGCUCAAUCCUGACAAAUCGAUCAUUGCAGUCAAGUGCAGUAGAGCAACCUUCUUCAGCUCGUUCUUUUCAAGCUGGUAGCUCACUUCAGUCCACUAACUCUGUAGAAGCUAUGCAGCCUCUAUCUGCUAGGUCCUCUCAUCUAGUUACAACGGAACAGCCAACAUCUGCUCGUUCUACAUUAGCUAGCCGACCUAAUUUAGGUGUCAAGGUUGUUCCCAUAGUGCCUUCAACUGUACCCAUCUCACUUAGAACACCUUUUGAGGUUCAAUCUGAAAGCCACAAGGAUAAAAGGUUAUCACUAGACUUUGGAACUUUUAAGCAUAAUGGACCUACUGCUCAGGAAACUUCUGCGCUACAAGAUGAGCUUGAUAUGCUUCAGGAGCAAAAUGAAAGUUUACUUCAAAAGCUUCGACUGACAGAAGAGCGUUUUGAGGAAUCAGAAGCCAGGGCUAGGCAGCUUGAGAAGCAAGUCGCAAAUCUCGGAGAGGGUGUAUCUCUGGAUGCUCGUCUUUUAAGCAGGCAAGGAAGGAAGCUGCUCUACAGCAAAGGGAGGCUGCACUAAAAGUUGCACCACAAGCAAGUGGUGAAGUUGGAAAGUGCGAAGAGAUUGAAUCCCUACGAGCAGAGGCUGAGACUGCAAGGGAUGAAGCUGCAUCUGCUUUGGAGAAACUCGACCAAGCUGAGUGCGAGAUCAAAUCCCUACAAAACAUGAUGAAAAGAAUGGCACUCAACCAGGAUGAGAUGGAAGAGGUUGUUCUCAAGCGGUGUUGGCUUGCUCGGUACUGGGGCUUGUGUGUCCGUUAUGGUAUUCAAUCUGAUAUAGCUGGAGCAAAGUACGAAUACUGGUCAUCCUUUGCCCCUUUUCCACUUGAGCUUCUGUUAAAAGCAGGACAGAAGGCAAAAGUUUAUAAUGACGCGGAUGAAAAGCAAAAACUUGGUCCUGAUGUUGGACUUUCAACAGAAGGAUGUCUUGAGAGCAUGUUAUUAGUAGAUAAGGGUCUUCGAGAAUUGACAUCACUCAAGGUAGAAGAAGCAGUAGCUCUUGCUAUAGCCCAACAACGAAGACCAAGUGGCAUGAAAUCCAGUGCAAGAGAUGACUUGAAGCUGCCUUAUGAAGGCCAUGAAUUUGCAGAAACAUUUGAUUUAAGUGAGGAGGAGUCUGAGGAUUUACAUGUGAAACAGGCUUGGCUUUUAUAUUUUUGGAGAAGAGCUAAGAACCAAGGAGUUGAAACUGAUAUUGCAGAAGAGAGACUGAACUUCUGGAUCAACCAAGGUGAUCAACCAUUCAAUUCACAGGAUGCAGUUAAUGUCGAACGCGGUCUUGUGGAGCUCAAGAAACUAGGGAUUGAAAUGCAGUUAUGGAGCAGGUCUCGUGAACAUAUAGAUUGUGAGACUACUAACAAAUUGCUGAAGUAUAACGAUUUCUGAGACUAGGAGCUCUUCCUUCUUGAGUCGACUGGGUUCUUCCUUUUAGCUGCUCUAACUACUACUCGAUUUUUUUAGCAAACUACUCCCUUAAUCUUAUUAUGUAAAUCAUUGUGUAGCUAGAGCUCAGAAGCACAAUCAUUCCACAGCUAGCCAGUGAGCGGCUGUGAUCUUUGAAGAAAAAAUUGAGGCAAUUUUGGUUUUUUUUAAAUAUUACUCCGUAUUUUAAAAGAAUAAAUCUGUUCAUUCCAAGAAUGUACAUAAUAUUGUAAUAUUGAAUAAUGGUCAAAUUCGAGCCAAA